AUGAAAAUGCUCUGGGCUCUGCUCCUGCUGAGCACUCUCCUGGGUGCCCACACGGCCCCCUCCCGGCGUCCCUCCUGUUACAAAAGGGCUCUGAAGGACCACAACUGCCACAGCAUCCCCAAAGGCAUGGAGAACCUUCGACAAAUCGGUGGAAGCCUGCAGGAUCACUUUUGGGAAGGGAAGGGCUGUGAGACUGUCUGUUACUGCAACUUCAAGGAACUGCUCUGCUGUCCAAAGGAGAUUUUCUUUGGACCAAAGGUAUCUUUUGUGAUCCCCUGCAACAGUGAGUGA